UCAAGAGGAUGAUAAUGAUCUGAAUGAUAAUGCAAAUAAAAUUGAUUUAAAAGAGAAUGAUAUUAAUCAACUUAAUAUGAAUGAAAGAGAAAUUAUGGGAUUAGAAUUGCAAAAUAAAAUUAUGGAGAUUAAUAAUUAG